AUGUACAGCGACGCUCAUCUCGCAAUGGGUGCAGUGAACAAUACCCUCCUAGGCAAUUGCCAGAACGUUCCCUUUUACUAUUCCUGCGACAAGGACCUUGUAGAGGGAUUCUCGGAUCACUACCUCGCCCUCGCUGCACCUGUUGUCGCAUACUGGGUUAUAUGCCUUCUCUUCCACUACCUCGACAUGUCGACCUGGAAGUGGCUAGAGAGAUACCGCAUCCACGAGUCUGCCGAAGUCACGUCACGUAACAGGGUCUCGCGCUCUCAAGUAGUAUGGGCAGUCAUCUUUCAGCAUGUUCUCCAGACGAUACUGGGACUGGUUGUAUUGGAGGAUGAUAAUGCCUUGGCUGUGAAUCACUCGUUGAAAAUUGACGCGAUUGCUCGUGUCGUUCGCCCUGUGCUUGCCAGAGGCAUCCUGGCGGAGUGGACCUCGCCUGUAGUUGCGCCGGUGUCUUACUUUAUGUAUUGGUGGGCAAUACCAUUCUUGCAGUUGGUCUUUGGAAUGUUCAUCAUCGACACCUGGCAAUAUACACUUCACCGCUGGAUGCAUACCAAUAAAUGGAUGUACAGGCAUUUCCACUCCUGGCACCACCGUCUCUAUGUCCCGUAUGCAUUUGGGGCAUUGUACAACCAUCCUGUUGAGGGAUUCGUUCUGGACUCCCUUGGUUCUGUCGUCGCCGAAGUAUUGGCGGGCAUGACUGUACGACAAGCGACGUUAUUAUUCGUCAUUGCUACAUUUAAGACUUGUGAUGACCACUGCGGAUACCGUUUCCCAUGGGAUCCCCUUCAGUUUAUGACAUCAAAUAAUGCAGAUUAUCACGACAUACAUCACCAGACCGUCGGUAUUAAGCACAACUUUGCCCAACCAUUCUUUAUCCAUUGGGAUGUUAUACUGGGUACGCGUAUGACGAGGGAGGAAAUGGAACGUCGCAAAUAUAAAAAAGACCAACAUUCGGAUUGA